GAAGUAAAAUCCACAAUGUUAUCCUUUCUGUUCUUUCUUCAGCUCGGCUUUGCAGUUGGCAAUGUAGUUGGAAUGUAUUUGGCCCAGAACUAUGAUGUUCCAAACAUUGCAAAGAAGAUUGAAGACAUCAAGAGAGAUGUGGAAGCUAAAAAGAAGCCUCCAAGUGAUAAAUGACGCUGAUUUGGGCAUCCCUCUAUUUAACACAGAUGGUGUACUUUAACCAUUCAGCCACAGGUGUCAACCUUUUAAUGAAUGGCUUUAAUGAAUUCUCCCAGGUCUGGUCUCAGAAGCCCUUAACAGCCCUCAGGCUUAGUGUUACUAUAUCCAUGUGGCCUCGUAGCACUUUCAGGUUAUUUGACUUUUUUAAUAAAAAAAUCCCAUAUAUUAUAAGAAUCUUGUCUGUACUGAUAGACAGGGGAAAGUGGAAUGUUGUUCCAACUGAUGCAAAUUUUCAAAGCGGAUGACGUUCAGAGAUCAAAGCUAAUUUUACAUAAAGCAGCAUGAAAUUGUUUCUCUGGAUUGCCUAUCUGUUACCGUUAAGUCAACUGGGCUGCUGCCUUAUGUCAAGGCAGCAGAGCCCUGCUUGUAGAGUGAUCAACUUCUGAAAUUCACAAAUGGGCUUUUGAAGAAUUAGAAAUUAUUUGCCAAGUCUGCCUGUAAUGUUGCAAAACAUGAAGGUCCAAACAGUAUACAUGGUGGUACAAAAUAAAAGCUGGUUCUUUACUUCCA